CCUCCUCCUCCUCAAUAUGAAUGGGGGUGGAUUUACUGGAUACAGUCGGCAGUAUACCCGCAUUGAACUUGCAGCCAAGCUGAAUUCAUACUUCUUUCAGUUGGGCUCUGUCUGCUGAAGCACCACCAUCUACAAGUGGUCAAGUAGUCUUCCUUUGUCUGUUUUGUGCCAGGGAAUAAGUCAGGAACAAGUAAGAUAUCCCGGCAGCAUCCUUUAUCUUGGCUUGGGAAUCAAAAGGAUUUACAGCUGCAAUCACUACAAUAAUUGGAACUAGAAACGUACUACCAGGGGUAACGUGGGAAGACCUCAACAACUGCACCUUAAAAAGGAGCUUGACUUCCCAAGAAGGGCACCAUAUUCUUCUUGCCCCUGUUGAAGUGUUUUCAUACCUACACACUCACAAAGGUCAAGAUGUUAAUUCUGUUACUGCUGUAUGCCGUUCCUGUUACACUUACAUUCCAUCAUGAAAAACAAGCAGCAGUAAAAGUGGAAAAAGUGGACAGACUCCCUAGUGUGAAAGGUUCCCUGUCUGGCAGGGUGAACCUCCCAUGUCAGUUUUCGACAGAGCCCACGUCUGUCCCUGCCAUUCAGAGUUCUCCUUUUGAUUACCUUCGGAUUAAGUGGACAAAAAUUGAACUGGAUAAAAAUGGAAAUGAAAAGAAAGAAACCAUUGUGCUAGUAGCCCAGAAUGGAAUUAUUAAAAUUGGAGAGAAUUACAAAAACAGAGUGUCCGUACCAAGUCACCCAGAAGACAUAGGCGAUGCAUCCUUGACCAUAGUGAAGCUGAGAGCUAGUGACACAGGCAUCUACCGUUGUGAAGUGCUGUAUGGAAUCGAUGACACACAAGACACUGUUUCACUAGAUGUGUCUGGGGUUGUGUUCCAUUACCGCUCUGGAGAUGAAAGAUAUAACAUGAACUUUGAGAAGGCUAAACAGACUUGUCUGAAGAAUGGUGCUGUUAUAGCAACACCUGACCAGAUGCAAGCUGCAUAUGAGGACGGCUUCGAUCAAUGUGAUGCAGGGUGGCUUUCUGACCAAUCUGUCAGGUACCCAAUAACGAGACCAAGGCCUGGGUGUUACGGAGACAAGAUGGGCAACCAAGGUGUGAGAACAUAUGGAAUUCGUGACUCCGAUGAAACAUAUGAUGUUUACUGCUUUGUGGAACAUUUGGAUGGUGAAUUAUUCCACAUUACUGUUCCUGAGAAAAUGACAUUUCAAGAAGCCAGGCUUGAAUGCCAGAAGAAGGAUGCGAUGCUUGCCAACCCAGGGCAGCUCCAUGCAGCUUGGAGAAAGGGUUUUGAUCGCUGUGAUUACGGCUGGUUGUCUGAUGGAAGUGUUAGACACCCUGUUUCUUUUCCCAGGAUUCAAUGUGGAGGUGGUUUGCUGGGAGUCAGGACCUUGUACCGCUAUAAAAACCAAACAGCUUUUCCUCUUCCUAGCAGCAAAUUUGAUGCCUACUGCUUUAAAGGUCAGCCAUCUGAACGACAUGUUGCUUCUGUUGAGGUCGAAGUGUCUGUGGGUGCUGUGCAGCUAGGUGUAGAGCAAGAGGUAAAAGAACCAAAAGCUGUGACAGUGUUUAAACCAACUGAGUCCACUACAGCUACCGGGGAAGUGACCAUCUCCGACUUACAUCCAGAGGAAAGUACCACUGACAUAGAAACUGAGCAAAUCAUUGAAAAAGUAGAACAGCCCAUUCAAAGAGCUGAUAUUCCACCACUCCUUGAAGAAAUAACUGAGUCCAAAACUGAAGAACCUCUUUUACCAUCUUCUGCGACACCAUCCACAUUGAGUGAGUCAGAAACACCAAAAUCUAAGGAACUCCGUGAUCAUACUUUUGAGCAAGAAACUAAGGAACUGUAUGGUCCUACAGACAGCACUGUGGACCUCAGUGCUGCCUUGGCUGCCAGACCUGAACAAGUUUCCACUGAGUCCAGCUCUCCAAGAGAGGUAGCCACAGCUGCAGAUUAUGAGAAAGCCAUCCUUACAAGUGAGGCACCACAUAAAGUUGAGAAGGAAGCAUUAUUCACAUCCCCACACACUGCAGUACCUGCAGUAGAUGCCACUGAUAGCACAAAACCAAUUGUAAGUACUCUUACACUAGACAAAGAUGUUGAGCGAGUACCGGAUUCAUCCAAAGAAGACUCCUCUGUAAGUAGCUGGCAUAUAGUGCAACCUAUUACAACAUUACAGAGUAUUACUGAGGGCAAAACUGACCUUUCCCUACUUGAUGAUGCAGACAGAGGGGUGGAUAGUUUAAAGGAAACUGCAGGCGUAUCUGAGGACACUAAAGCAACAACCCAUGACAUGAUACCGACCAAAGAAAUCCUACUCAUUCCAGCUCAUGCUGUUGAUGAACAUGUUGCUAAAACUACACAAUCUCCUUUGGCAACUGCCAGUGAGAAAAUUGCUGUUGUACCUGAAGCAACAGAAUUUAUCACAGAACUAGGCGCUGACACUUCUACUCUGAGAGACAGAAAACAAAGCACAGAAACCCCAGAAGGAAGUGCGAUGGAAAUAGAUUCAGAAAUACAGAAGGCAACUGUAUCUGAUGUAAAAGAACAGCUACUGAUUCAUAUUUCUUCCACCAUUGCUAGUUAUUUAAAAGAAGACACAACUUCACAUGUUUUGACUGUCUCAAAAGAGGGUGACAAGGAAACAGUUGAAUUAGACCAUAAACUUUCUCAGUCAUCAGCUGAAGGUUUACAAGAUUUAGAAAAGCACACAGUUUUCUUUAAACCAUCCAUGGAAAUGACUGCACAACCAGAGCCAACAGCCAAGCAUCCACUCAUGGAAAGUUCUGAUGCAACAACAUCUAUUUCUGAGCCAGUCCAUGAGGAAAAACUAGAAAAGGAUACCACACCAACUCUAGAAAUUGUUCAAAGUUCUACUGCCAAAACAGCACAUAUAGCUCCAAGGCCAGUACCUACAGACUCAAUAACUUCACUUACUGACGGGUCAGGAAUGACAGAAGAAUAUUUGCCCCCAUCAGAGAAGCAUACUGUCUGGUCAGAAACAGUAACAGCCAUUUCUGCUGAAAAAAUAACUACUGAUGUGAAAGAAACUCCCUUUACAGAGGCUGAAUCUCUGAGUAAGGAAGAGGUAGUCGCUACCACUGUGUCAGUGAUAGCUGUCAGACAGGACAUUUCUCAAGUAGAGGUAGAUAGCCAUGGAACUACUGCAGCCUUAAGCACAAAGCAACCUACUGAAUGGGAUAGAGCGAGUAUACCUAAAGUGACUGUUACUGAAACUGACAGUCAUAUAGGACAGGACACUGAAUUAAGCACAACACAAGAAACUAGCACUAAGAUGCAUGAGAAAAUUGCUUCAACUGAGUCUCAAGACAUGAGCACAAUAAAAACACCAACUCUUCUAGACAGUGAUGACGUUGAAAAGAAAACAAAAGAGAUGGUCAUAAUUGGAGAGUCCAUUUCUCAUGCUACAGAGGCUAUUAAAGUUGACAUGACUGGUAAAAGUAUGGAGCAAGAAGUUGAUACUGAAUAUUUUACAGUUCCUAGCACAAAAUCUGUCUCAUUUGUUCAUCCAAGCAUACCACCACAAGAUGUGGCUGUGUCAGAAGAGAUUACAUCUUCUGUUCCAGUUCCAGUUACAACUAGUGAAGCUCAGCCUAUUGUGUAUCCAGCCGCAAUCAAAGUGAUUGUUGUAUCAGUUACAGGCAAUGAUACAGAAGAUCCAUUGCAUCAUGUACUAACUGAGCUAAGUGAUCCAUUAUUUGAACUAGAACAACAUAUGUCUGUUGCUAUGCGCACACCUGAAGGCAGUGAGGAAGUGAUAGGCCAUGACAGCUCAAGCACAGUAACUCUGCCAUCAGUGCAGUUUGUUAAUGGCAAACACCAAAUAACUCUUGAACCUAAACACAAAGAAGCAGAAGAAGCAAAAAGAGAUAAGGUGGAAAGCGCAUCACCAACAAAAAGUCUUCUCUAUGUUGAUGUCCCAUCAAUGGAAAUAGGUGCCAUUUUUAGUCCUACUCCAGAUGAUGACAGCAUAACACAGACACAUGUUAUUUCCAGUGAGGUACAAAGAGAAGGAACCGAAUCUUUGGAAGCAGAUGAUAAAUACACAAAAGAAGAAAUUGAGGAUAUCGAAAGUGAAAAGAACAAAUCUGUUUGGGCAGUAACGUAUGAGCCCAGUAGAUUUGUUACUCAUUUGUUUGUAGAGAAAACUGGCACACAAGCUACCAGUUUACUAGAAAGACAAAUGUCCACAGCUGUAUUGUCUAGACUUGAUGAACAUGCUGGUGAGGAGGGAUCUGGCAUGGAUGCCUUUACAGCAGAGGACAAAAGUACAGAGAAAGUCUACAUUCAGCCCAGCAUCAGCACAACGUAUCUGCCAGCUGCAGCAAGGGAAGGAACAAUAAAGCUAGAAAGCAAACCCAGGGAAGGAGAGCUGUUUCAGGAAAGUCUGGGCAGUACAGAAAGCAAAGGUCUAACAAUGAGCUCACGGGAGGACCUGUUAGAGAGCUCACCAGAUCAGGGAACAGAAGGUGAGACAGCUACUGUUGCAUCUUCAGAAGAAACCGCCAGUUCUGAUUCACUUGAAAUGCAUAUAGUGGUAACUGUAGCUCCAGAAACACUUGUAAAAGAAGAAAAGGACCACAAUGUCUCACUUCCUAGGAAGAUUUCAGAUUUUUCAGAAGAAACUGGUUCUGCAGAAGGUACUACCUUUGUUGAUGCAACAGCCAGGACAGUGAUACCAUUAAAAGUGACCACUGAAGGCCUAAGUGGAAGGAGUGUACAUUCAUUAGAAGAGACCGCAAUAUCUAAGCGGGAAGAUCUCAGCACUAUUGUUCCAGUUCUGGAAGAUGACUCCACAUCCCCCAAAUUAGAAACCAUUGUUAUAGCUAGUACUGGAGAAACAAUGCCUGAAAGUAUUACAACAGAAUCUGAGGAAACUGAAAAACACAGUGUUUCACAACCUAUGAAGGUUGCAGAUUUUGCAGAAGAAACUGGUUCUGCAGAAGGUACCAUCUUUGUUGAUGCAACAACCAGGACAGUGAUUCCAUUAAAAGUGACCACUGAAGGCCUAAGUGGAAGUAGUGUACAUUCAGUAGAAGAGGCUGCAAAAUCUAAGCAGGAAGAGCUCAGCACUGUUGUUCCAGUUCUAGAAGAUGAUUCCACAACCUCCAAGUCAGAAACCAUUGCUAUAUCUAGCACUGGAGAAACAAUUCCUGAAAGUAUUACGACAGAAUCUGAGGAAACUGAAAAACACAGUAUUUCACAACCUAUGAAGGUUGCAGAUUUUGCAGAAGAAACUGGUUCUGCAGAAGAUACUACCUUUGUUGAUGUAACAGGCAGGACAGUGAUUCCAUUAAAAGUGACCACCGAAGGCCUAAGCGGAAGUAGUGUACAUUCAGUGGAAGAGACUGCAAAAUCUAAGCAGGAAGAGCUCAGCACUAUUGUUACAGUUCUAGAAGAUGACUCCACAACUACCAAAUCAGAAACCAUUGUUAUAUCUAGUACUGGAGAAACAAUUCCUGAAAGUAUUACGACAGAAUCUGAGGAAACUGAAAAACAUAUUAGUGAUGCUGAAGGCUCUGGAAUAUAUGGCGAUAUAAAAGAAACUGUUAUGAAACCAGACUACAUGUCAACAGUAAAACCUACAUUUAUAACGCAUCAGCCAGAUGCUUUUUCUGAAACAACAUUUUCAUCAGUACCUAGUACAUCUAAAUACCAAGAAAUUGAAAAAGAAAGUAUUAUAUUACACGAGACUAGAGAAAGUUCUAGUCAGCAUGCUUUUGAACCUGAAAUUAAAACAACAUCUGCAACACGCAUUACUGAAAGAAGUGAAAUGCCCAUAACAGAAAGUUUAAAACCUGAAACUAAGUUAGUCAGUAUGGUUGCACUAACUUCUGGAGAAGAUGAUGGUUCUGGAGAAGUGGAUACUGCUCUUAAAGAAGUCAUUAAUACCACUCACGUACCCUAUGCAGCAACUGAAGUUGAAGUUAUAGAUCUAUCAACAAGCGAAAGAGAAGUCACAAAAAUCAUCAGUGCUGAGGCUACAGUAUCAGAAGAAGGAUCCAGAAGUAAAGAAACCACAGAACAGUUAGAUACAAAGGAAACACCAACAACAGACAAAACUGAAAGAAAAAGCCAUGAACCUUCCAUUGGAAUGGAACUUGAACCAGCUAAACUGGAUACAUUCUCUAUCAGUACUAUUUCUCAGGCAGAAGAAUAUGCUUCUUCUGUACAUAUUGUUCCUACCACUGACUUUGUGGUUGGAACUACCUUACCUCCCAAAAGAGAAGAUGUCAUAAUAGUAAGCACUGCCUCUGUAGAACAGUACAUUCCCACUGAUUCUACAUCUUCUUUAAGUGAAGACAUAUCAGUUGAGCCUGAAGUAUCUACUAUUGAUGGUACAGCAGAAAAGACUCCAGGGUCUUCUGAGGAUGUCUUUUCUGGAGAAAAAAGCUUAGACACUGAAUAUGUUAGCGAGAUUCCAGUAGAACAUAAACAUUUGCUUCAUGAAGAGAAAAACAGUACUGCUUCUCUAUUGGCUGAAUCUGCAUGGCCAUUUAAACCCAUCUCAAGUGCAGAAACCCCUUUAACAUAUACAGAGUUCUCAGGAGAUGGACCUUUGGAUUCUGAAUCAGAAACAAGGCUGAUAAGCAAAUCUACAGCUCAACCUGAGCUUUUCACAGAAGGAAGGGAACUUACAUUAGGAGUCGAAUCAGUUGAAAAACAUGAAACAGAAAUGCCAGCUAAGAAGCUUGACACUACGGAAGUAGUGGUUAGUUUUGAAGGUUCUGAAGUAGAUCUUAAUCUAACAGGUGAUACAGUUUUACCAACUGUGAGAACUGAGAUAAAAACUGAUACGUCUACAGUUUCUGAAAUUGAUUCUGAGCUUUUGGAAACACAAGAAUCAAAACUAAACACAACUGCUUAUACAGUCUCAAGUAUAUCCCUUGACUUAAAAACUGCAGAAAGUUCUGGAGAAUUUCCUGAUACUACAUCAGUUAUGACUAUUGUACAGUAUUCAACAGUGAGCGAACAGCUUGAAAAGCAUGAAAAUUGGACUCAUGCACCUACAGGUAUUUUAACUGCUGAAGAAUCAUCUGGAGAAGAGCCAGAAAAAGCGGAUGUUGAGAUGCAGACUGUGGUCUCUGUUGAAGUUCCAGUUAGUGCACUUGAUAAGGGAGAACAGAAAGUGUCAGUACCUCAUGAUGACAGAGCCCUUAUUGAAUCAUCAGGAGAUGAUUCAGUUUCUGAUCUUCCUGUUUUGUCAGCUGAAACAAAGGACUAUGAGAAAAUGGACACAACUGUUCAAACAGAGGCUCCUGCAUCAUUGCAUAUAAUCAGCGAAGCAGGAUCAGGUGCAUAUGAUGAUGAUGUAAGCCAAGCUGUUGACAGACAUGAAACUGUUCAGACAGAAGAAGGACUUCAUAGUUCAGCUUUAACCCCUCACACAGAAGUUCUGAAAAGUUCUGCUGUUCCUAUUCUCCUGCAGACAACUGAAUCUAGUUCAGGCCACACUGUUACUGAGAUUACUGGCAAAGCAGAGCUCCAGGAAGAACCAGAGGAUACUAAAGAAGUACAAGCAAUACCAGCCAGUGGGCCAGCAGAGACCACAUUACAUGAACUGUUGCUAGCAGAAGUACUGGACCAUUCAACAACCACCAAAAAAACACAUGCUCAGGAUAUUAUUACAACUCAGGCUGUAAUAUCUGAAGAAAGAGAUGCAACUUCAAAAAGACCUACUUUUACUGAUGGUGGUAUCACUGAAAAAUCGUUGAUUAUUGAAACAGUUCCAGUCACUGAGAAAAUUUCAGAUGACUUUGAACUUGUAAGAGCAGGUAGUGAACCUACUGAAAAAAUCUACAUUCAACAUGCUACACCUUCUCUUCCAACAUAUAUUGCUACCAAAAGCAUUCAACAGUUGCCAUCUGAACCAGAAGAAACUAUGCAUGUUGUAACUCUAAAACAAGAAGAGAGCUUUGAUGGAUCAGGUGACCAAAUAUCAACAUCUGUUAGAAGCACUUCUGUUCCUGAAAUGUUACUUAGCACAAAUGGUGAUCUGGUGUCACAGGCUGUACAAGAAUGGGAACAUGCCUUACAGGUUACUGCAGCAAAGGAAACCAUUUCACAAGACUUUACAGUUAGUGGACUAUUAGUUUCCAGACCCAUGGGCACAGCUGUAACUACUACUGAAACUGAAGAAGAAAAGAAAAGUAGUCCAUCAGAGGUACAUAAAGGAGGACCUGCAGACAUAGUUGUAACUGGACAUCAAGAAGAAGAGAUAUCUACUACUACUACCAUAACAACGGAGCUCUUAACAGGUAAAGCUGAUACUGUUCUCUCCACAAAGGUAGCUGAUGAUAUUUCUGGAACCACUGAACAGGCUGAAGAAUUUGCUAAAACUGUUUCACCAGGCACAACAGUACAGUAUAGCUCACAGGCCUGCACAGAAGCACAAACAUUAACAUAUACAACAAAAGGCACUUUAAAAGAAACAAAUCCUGCCAUAACAACAGAGGAACCCUCUCAACAACCUUAUAUUAUCAUCUGUAGUACUGCACCAACAGAUGUGGAAGUCACUUUCCACGAGAAAGUAGAUGCAACACCUGGUGAAGCUAUUGGAGAUGAAAUAUCAAGUGACACACCACCCACGUCUGUUGAACCCACAGAUGUGCUAGACACAUCUAUACCUGCUAGCAUCUCUGAAAGUAUCGCAGAGGACAAAGAAAAAGAGGUGAAAGAGAUUCAAAAAAGCACACAAUCAAGUUUGCAAAUUGAACAUGAGAUCACAAAAGAAGACCAGACAGACCUUCCAGAGCCAUCUACAUCAGAAGAAACAACAACUGCUGGUAAACCUGCUCAUUUGCCAGAUAACCGUAUUAGUUUAAAACCUGCAGAAGAGUUUGCCUCUCCACUAACUGAUCUAGAAAUGGAACAGAGUGGCAGUAAGGUUACAGAUGUCAGAGAACUUCCUAGUGAAUAUUUUUCUUUUUCUACUGUUUCAUCAUCAGGAAGACAUGAGGACACUCAAGGAUUUCCUGUGCUUCAUGUGACAGAUGAAGACCCAUGUAAAAAGGCACCGUGUCAAAAUGGAGGCACCUGCUAUCCUAGGGAUUCUCUGUUUAUUUGUACUUGUAUGCCUGGCUUCAGCGGGGAGCAGUGUGAAAUAGAUACAGAUGAAUGCCAGCCCAACCCUUGCCAAAAUGGGGCUACAUGUCUUGAUGGUAUCAAUUCAUUCUCUUGCCUGUGUCUGCCAAGCUAUUCUGGAACUCUUUGCGAACAAGACACCGAGACAUGCGACUAUGGCUGGCACAAGUUCCAAGGACACUGCUACAAAUAUUUUGCUCAUCGACGAACAUGGGAUGCAGCUGAAAGGGAGUGUCGUCUGCAUGGAGCCCACCUGACUAGUGUCCUUUCACAGGAAGAGCAACAUUUUGUAAAUCGGCUGGGUCAUGACUACCAGUGGAUCGGACUGAAUGAUAAGAUGUUUGAGCAUGACUUCCGCUGGACUGAUGGCAAUGUUCUGCAAUAUGACAAUUGGAGGCCAAACCAGCCAGACAGCUUCUUUUCCUCUGGAGAAGACUGUGUUGUUUUAAUUUGGCACGAAGAUGGGCAGUGGAAUGAUGUACCAUGCAAUUACCACCUCACUUAUACUUGCAAGAAGGGAACUGUUGCUUGUGGUCAGCCUCCUCUGGUGGAAAAUGCCAAGAUAUUUGGAAAAAUGAAGGGUCGAUAUGAAAUAGGUUCUUUGGUUCGAUUCCACUGUAAGGAUGGUUUUAUCCAGCGCCAUGUUCCAACAGUGAGGUGUCAAGCAAAUGGAAAGUGGGAAAAGCCUGCCAUUUCUUGCACGAGUCCAUCUGCAUAUCAAAGAGCUCAUGCAGAGAGGUACUAUGCAGCUAGCAGGCCAGGAAAGAGGAGCUCAACAGAUUUAUUGAAACAUCAGCAUCGCUGGACCAGGACAUGGCAGGAUUCAAGGCACUGAUGAAAGAACAGCAGGAGACCGGUUCUCACUGUCCUAGUCAAAAUGCUACCUUACAGUGCCUUCAAUAACACUUCUACAAGUAUUAAGAGUGGAUUGGAAAGAACAGACUACAGUGUUACAACACAGCAGAUAACUACAUCUGCUAAACUGAUUGAAGUAGUGGGAUUCAAACCUGAAGUCAGCACCAUUUCCAGCCUACUUUUAUUGCAGUGUCUUUCUUGUGUGUCAUUUCUUUACUGUUAGUUUUACUUUAGCUAGUUUAAUUUAGAGCCAAGGAAAAUGUAAAUAAGUUGACUAAUGCUGCUUGACUCUUUAAUGUGUCCUGUAUAUAAAAUUAAAUACUCACACUACUGUUAAUGACUAUUUAAUUUUGGAUUCACAUGCUGGGUGAUUUGAGGGUAUGUGCUCAUAUUUUUGCUGCCUUCUUGUAUGCAUUAUAGGAUGGAAAUGGUUCAUUUGACUUCAUUUAUAAACUGUGUAUACAUGAUGGAAUCGUGAGAAAUGAGGACUGCAGUAUGAAACACUUUAAAUGUCAUUUUUUUUGUUUACCAGUUAGAGAGGGAACAGCAUUGACAUCCUCAAUGUAUGACCUUUCAAAGCCAGUUGGCUCAUCAGAGGUCCAAACACUAAUACACUAACGUCUUGAGACAUUGCAGACUUUUGUGGCUCUAAGAACACUAUCUACAUUACACUACGGUAUGCUGCAUUUUUAAAGGGGAUAUAAACCCACUUUUUGUAAAGAAAAAUAAAUUAAAUAAUUGUGUAUAUACCCAUGUUAAUCCAUUUUUAUAAAAAUGAAUGUUAUUGAAUGCGCAGCGCCUAAGCAUAUUUCAAUGAAGUAAAGCCAUGCAGGAUUAAUUUAUUGGAUCUGCUAUAUUUACCUUGAAUAUAAUAAGUAAGUUUAUUUUGUUUUCAAGUAUUAACCCCAGUCACACAGGCACAUAUAGGUAUCAGUUUUGCCAUUAUUUAAUUUUAGAAAAUUAAAGCCAUUUGUACAAAAUGUAGUAAUGUCUUUAGCUAUGUGUUGGAUGCAAAUAUCUUUUAUUAUUCAUAGCAAUGUUUUGAAGAUCUGUUGCACAAAAAGACAUGCUAAAAGGUAUAUUUCUAGAAACAAUUUACCUUGUUGUAACAUUGGUGGGCUGUUUAUAUUUUUUACCUUCAAGGCAUAACCCACCUUAAUGUAAAAAGUUUGUCAGUCUGGGGAAAUACUACUGUAGAAGACUUGAAAUGUAUUUUUAAGGCACUACCAGAUGGCAAGUGAUAUUACAUUUGACUAUUCACCAUCAAACAUUCAAAAAAACAUUUAAGCACUAGUCCCUGUUAUUACAGGAUACACUACAGACUUAUAGACUGUGAAAAAGUUAGGGCUAAUUUAAGAUUCUAGUGGUAAUUGUGGCCUUUGCCAAGGCCUUACUGGUUGCCACAUAUGAGGAACUUUGCUGUUAAAUAGCUGUGGAAUUAAAGAUAUUAGGAAUAUGUAAAGGUUUUCUGUGAGCAUAGCCUGCUUACUAACCAGGGAAGGCUGAAUUGCAGACUUUUGCAGUGUCAGACUGCUGUAAAAGUGAGAUAACUGGUCUAUUUUGACCAUUUUAAUAAACAUUUUGUCUUGGUUGGCAUAUCUGUAUUAGUAAGGAACUAGAUUCUCCACCGUCCAUUAAUUAAACUGGCAUGGCUGCUCUACAUAUUUUGUGCUCAUAGCAGACUCUCAGUGUUGGGAAAUUCCUUUACCUGCUGCGCCAAAUGUAUUCAGACUUUUGUUUGUUAAUGACAGCAAUACAUCACUAUGCUGAUUUCUGUGUCUUUUUGUUGCCAUUUCAAUGCACAUAGUACUUUUUUGUAUUUAUAUUAUAACUUGUAUAGUUUUUAAUGUGAAUGUUUGGGAAUUUUGUGAAAAAAAUGUCUAAAAUACUUUGUAACUUUUUAUACUUGCUUCUGUUUCACCAAAGAAAUGUAAACAAUCCUGUUUUAAUUCACUUUGCAUUGUCCCAGUUCUUUCAUUUAAAUGUAAAACUUUUGCCAUCUAUUUCGCAGCUGUCUCUGAUUAUUAUGGAUAUCACUGGUAUUAACGGAAACAAACCCCCUGUUCUCUUCAGCCUGUUGCUUGAAUUGAUGUUAGGUAGUUAAAAACAUUUGAAAGUUUCUUUAUAUUAAACAAAAUUUUUCUAUUCAUA